GCUGAUUCUGGAAGGAAAAAAAAAAUUUUCUUCCAAAUUUGUUGGGGUGUACUCAUUUAUGCUGAGCACUGUACAUACACUAUAUUGCCAAAAGUAUUGGAACACCCCUCCAAAUCAUCGAAUUCAGGUGUUCCAAUCACCUCCAUGACCAUAGGCAUGCAGACUGCUUCUACAAAUAUUUUUGAAAGAAUGGGUGGCUCUCAGGAGCUCACUGAAUUCAAGCGUGGUACCGUGAUAGGUUGCCACUUGGGCAAUAAAUCCAUCCGUGAAAUUUCCUUGCUACUAAAUAUUCCAUGGUCACCUGUUAGUGGUAUUAUAACAAAGUGGAAGCAACUGGGAACAACAGCAACUCAGCCACAAAGUGGUAGGCCACGUAAAAUGACAGAGCGGGGUCAGCGCUUGCUGAAGCGCACAGUGCGCAGAAAUCACCAACUGUUGAAGAGUCAAUAG